AUGGUCAAUAUCCGCAGACUAGCCUCUCCUAUAGAUCUACCCUUCCGGGGACAAAGGAGCUUGUCUACACCUACGAAAGUGAAGAAGACCUCAGAAUUCAUCAAACAUGGAUCACCAUACGAACAGCUUCAUCGAUUCUUUAUUGGUCUUAUACCGGCACAGAGUGCAAUUAAUGCAAUUGAAUUUACAGAAGGUGCUCAUAUAGCCUAUGUCCAGCAGUUGCAGUUAGGAGAGGACAAACCCGAAAUACUGAACCUCGUCGAGACAUCACACCAAAAUAUCAUAAAUUUAAACGAGGUUUUCGUAUCAAAAAAACAUAUAUACUUCCUUUACGAUUCUUGGGGUAUCUCACUUAAUGAUAUACAAGAACUAUCCCCACGCUUACAGCUAGGGGAGGUUGAGAUUGCAACUAUUUGCAAGAGCAUACUUCAUGGACUAGACUAUAUGCAUAAUGUUCUUGGGGUUUGUCAUGGUAAUUUGUCUCCAUCAACUGUCCGAAUCACUCCAGAUGGAGUCGUGAAACUGGCUGAUGUUGGUAGAAGUAUGAUCCAAGGAUCAGGAAGACUGAUCAAAGAUAAGGAUAUCAAAGCUCUCUGCCGGAUAGUCCGUGAUCUUCUUGAUCUUGAUAAUGCCCGGGGAAUACGAGGAACUAUGGGAUUUCUGGCAGAAGACUUUACUGGUGUGUCCAGUCAUGUAACUGUUAAAGAUCUUCUUCAGGUAUGUCCUUCUUGA